UGGUAAAUUCUUCACUAAAAUGAGUGAGGAUAACGCGAGGAUGCAGCUGUCUAGGAGUCUGAGAGUGUCCGCUGUACUGGAGGACCUUCAGACUCAGCUUGCAUUAUUAGCAGUUUCUUUCACUGUAGACUUGGACAAGAAUCCACGCAGCCCUCAUGAAAAAGUCACUCUGAACAAACUGAUCCAAGAUUGUCACGCUCUAUCAGAACUUAUGGGAACAUUCCGUGAGGAGCUGGAGGAAAACCAGUCUUUUACCUCUUUGUUAAAUAAAAUGGAGGACGAAGAACAAAGGAAACAAAUGAUGGCUGAGCACAUAAGAAAAAUGACAAAGGCAGACUUCAGAGAGAAACAGGCAUUUUGCACAAAGCUGGAAGAGGAACUAGAAAAAAAACGCACACUUUUUGAGAGACUUGAAAAUGAAUAUGCAAUACUGGAAGGUCAACAGGAAGACCAAAAUGAAAAGAACCAAAUGAUAAAAAGUGACAAGGAAGACAAACUACAAAUGUUACAAAAGGAGGCCAGUGAUAAAGAGCAAAUGCUAAAAAAACAGAUUAUGCUGGUGAAAGAACGGAUGGAGAAGGAACGACACUCUCACAAUGUAUCAAUUACAUUUCUUCAAAAUCAACAAAAGGAGAUGAAACAGCAGUGGAAUGUCUGGGAGGAGCGCAUAGGAAUAAUGCGACAGGCUAAGGCACAACAGCUUAAUGAUGUGUGCUGCAAAAUCACCUUGAACCUGGACCGACUUAUGGAAAUGAGAAGGAAGUACAGAGUCAUGGAACAAGUUGUUAUGGAGGACAAGGAGGAGCAGGAGAAACUGCGACAAGAACAACAUCUGGUUAAGGCUGCUACUAAGAUACAGGCAUUUUGGCGUGGAUGCAUGGUCCGCAAAGGUCUUGGCAUUUAUAAGAAAGCAGAGGAGGACAAAAAGGGCAAGAAAAAGGAUGGAAAGAAAGAAGGGAAAAAGAAGAAGAAAAAAUAACCAUCAUUUAUACCAUGCUUUUUUAUUAUUGUGUGCAUAUUAAGAAUAGAAAAUGAAAUACCAUUUAUUCACUAGUAAACAUAAUAUUGCAGUGGAAAUAAUUUCUAGAAACAAUGCUUACUUACUUAAUAAAUAUUUGUUAAAGUUGUAAAAAUCUCAUAGCACAAAAAUAACUUGGGGACAAACGAGAAAGAAAAGUGCUGCCCUCUACAGACCCAGCUGCAAACUGACAGUCAACUGCUCCUUUAGUUCAGUUAAAAGCUUUUGAGGUAACUGUUUUUUAUGUACACUAAAAGGCUAAGAAUAUAAUAGUACAAAAUAUAAUAGUACUUUACAGUAAAUGACCAUAGGCCAAAACUUAUCUUUGUUACCACAACAAUGUGAUUAAGUGUUGUAAACAUAUACAUAUUGUACAUACUCUUUCAUGGGCUGACUCCACAAAUCUAGUACUAUGUUAUAUCAUUGCUUUAGCUCAACAAAAUGAGUCUCCUGACAAAAAUCCAAUACUUCCUUAUUGUACAAAUAAAUAAAUAAUAAAUACAUAUCACCCCCUAGUCAAUCACAUGUCACUGAAAUAAUAAUAAUAAUAAUAAUAAUUAUUAUUA